GGUAAUGUUUCUCUUAUCGGUUCUUCUGACUACCGGAUUAGAUAUAUAAUUAUCUUCUCUCCACAGACCUUAUUUGUGAGAUAACUGUUGUGAUGAGUACUGUUACUGACCCUUUUCAGGAUAAGAAUCGUGUUAUGGCAACGAUUAACAUGGAAAAGUAAGUUAUUUGAACUAUAUUUUUUGGUCGAUUGUUUAAAUCUAAUAACUACAGUUUUCUCACCAAUAUUCUAUCUUUGCAUGUUAUCAGUGACAUGUAUGUGACCAUGAGUUUUUUCGACUCUCAGGCUGUUAAGAUGCACAAUCAACAAGAAAAAAUGCGAGGUGAUCCAAGGGUUGUGGUUGCAACCAGUGUCAACCCCAAGAUGGUGGGAGGUAAGCAACCAAACUGAAACUACAUGGCCAGCCGUUAAAUGAUUGUUAGAGCAUUUACUCCCUAUUCAUCCUACAGGUCAUCUGUUUUUGAAUGCCACCUCCGGCACACACAUAUACUUUGACAAGGAAACAGCUGUAGGGGAGAGUUUUUUCUACAUGUAAUUUCUUGAGAAUUAUUGGCUUUAUACAUUCCCUAAUUCUGUGAGAUUCCAAAUGUAUAUCGAUAAGUCUAACAACUUUAUAUUCAAUUAUGCAGGUUGGUUGCACAAGACACUGGGCUUACACCAGCAUCUCCACGGCUAAGGGGAUAUGCUAAGGUGGAAUCCCUGAGCAUAGCUGAGCUCAAUAAUUUUGUCACAACUGCUCCCUCGCAGGUACGUCAACCAGAUUUGUAAUGCUUAAAUGCUAAAUAUAUAAGUUUCUGUGUGUCAUUAUGUUUUUCGAACAAUGUAGGAAAUUGAUUUUGUCUGUACCGGAAGAGUGACUGGAAUAAAGGUGGAGAAGGGAUGGUACCAUGUUUCCUGCUCAAACUGUGACAAGAAACUUUAGCACACUGUCUCAUCUUUCACAUGUCUGCCUUGCAACAAUACUAAUGCAGUUGGUGUUCUCCGGUAUGUACUAUUACCGGCAGCUUAUUCAGUAACAUUGAACUUCUGACCUAACACAAAAUCACCUUUGGGAUUUGAUACAUGUUCUCUGUCUUCUAGAUACCGUGUGGAGAUGCCCGUUGCAGAUGAAACUGGUGAAGCUUUGUUUGUCUGUUUCGAUGGGGUAUUGACAAAACUACACAACAUGAGAGCCUUAUACCAUUUAAACAAAUGAUACAUGCUAAUACGACUCCAAUCUCAUUAUAAUUCAAGUUUUCUUACUCAACUCGUUAUAGUUAUAUUUAAAACUGUUUUGACUAACAAAUCGUUAGUCAACCGUUAAAUUGAGAUGAGUCAUCUUUUAUACAUAAAAAUAUUUGCUUUCCAUUAAUACUCACUAUACCGCACUAGCUCAGUUGAUAAAUAACUAAUUUUACUUUGUUACAAUACUUUCUUUGCAUUAAAUAAAAUCUUUAACCCUUCUUCUUCCCCAUUAUCUUUGACGUACACGAACAUGAGCUUUUCACCGCACUCAACAAGUUUUGCCGACAAAGGUGAUUUUGGCGAGACAAUGAGUUUUGGAAGGACUGAAGCACUUUCUACUUCAGUCAUUUGUUUGCCGCCACUACCUACGGUGAGGAGAUUGACUGGAACCGCAUUGUGAUCCGGAGGAUUAAUCGAUAUAUUAGGAGGUAAGGGAGAUGGUGAGGAGUGAGGAGGAGUUAAAUGUGAUGCUGAACAAGAGAGGAGGCAAUGGGCGAUUCUCAGAAAAUGUACGGAAGAUGCUGGAUGCGGAGAUAGGUGAGAGAAGACGAUGUUGGGAGAAGAGAUGAGAGUGAGGGCUAUGCUGAGAGGAGAGAGGAGAGAGAGAGAGGGUAAUUUUAGGAGGAGAGAGGGCAAUACUGAGAGGAGAAAAAGUGGACGAUGUUGUAUCACUCUUGGCUCUAUCUCUUCUCUUCUCUUCUGUUCUCCUUUGAUGGUUUCAUAUAUUCUUACUCAGUUUCCCAAAGCUGUUUCGAUUUGUUUAACAAAAAAUAUGCAUAAAUACAUCAAGCUUGAAGCUUCCAUUACAAGCUUAAAAUAGUCAAUUAUCUUAAUCAACAGAUGGGUCAAUCUGUCUCCAUCAAGCUUAUUGAAACCAUUUUGAUCCUAAAUCUUAUUGUUGGCAAAAAUAAUCUAUUUCAAUUCUUUUACUAAUCUUUCACAAAUUUUGUUGGCCUCCAAUGGAAAUUUUGAAUAUUAUAGUAAGAAUUAGGUUUCAAAAGAGAGAAGAAAAAUAAAAACAAUUUAGUAGCCUUGUUGAGCAAAAUAACUUUCUUCUUGCAAGGAUCAUAAGAUAACCUAUUUUUUUAACUUUUGACAUUUCGUUUGUUACACCGGGCUCCAACUUUAGCUGUUAAAUUAUAAUUUUAAUUCCUGAAACAUCCUCAGUGUCCAAUAAACUUAUACUAUUUGCCAUAGCAUCUUAAACCUUUACAGUUUACAAAGUACACAAUAAAUUUAAUAGUUAUAUUACCUUAAAUUUUGAUUCGCAUAGAAAGUUAGAGAGACUAAAUGGUUUAGAUGCUUGGAAAUCAUAUAUGCUAUUUCUUUUCUACAAAUUUUUUAAAUUUUUAUUUGUAAACAGAAGUGUGAAGUGCUAUAUUUUAAUUUUAACUAAACAAAAUUAACAUAGCGCAUUGUGUUUUUAUAGCUAACAUAUAACAAAUUAAAUCAAACUCUUUACUAAUGUGUUAGCUAAAAUGUUAAAAUCUCACUAUUUUGAAUCAUAAGUGGAGAUAAUCCUAAUCAUUUUUUGUACAUGUUAAUGAGUCUUGUAAAUCAUAUAAUAUAUACCUCGUCAUUAAGUUAGAAUAACAUUUAUUCAAUGCUCAUACACUAAUUUGAUUAACACAAACAAGAUAUUUAUUAUAUAAAAAGAGAGAUAGUGAAUACAAUUAUUUUUAUCUCCUUUGUAAAAAAAUGGAAAGUAUUAAGAAAAUUAUCCAGACUUAAACUGGUUUUAAAAUUAGAUGAAAAUAUAUAAAUAAAUAUGAUGGUUUUAGAUUUACACUAUUUACAAAAAAAAUCAUAUUCAGACAUGUUUUAAGAUAUAAUGAAUUGAAAAAAAAAUUCAACAACCAAGCAACAUCGAUUUAGAUUUUUGGCAUAAAAUCUGUUAUUAUCCAAAUCAAAUUUAAAUUAAAAAUCAGGAUAAAUCAUUUUUUAUUAGUUACAAAUUCACAAAAUUAGUUAAAAGAUAAACAAAUUUAUACUUAAAUAAUAUGGCAGUUACAGUUUUGGUUUUUCGGAAUAUCUAUAAUUAUCCAUAUUAUCUUUAGGUAACGAUUUUAUAUCCCUAUAAAAGCUUUGUUUCCUUUCAUAUUUCUUCAUUCAAGAACUAUUAUUCUAAGUAAACAUGGUUUCUCUAAGAUUUCUUUUAUGUUUUCUUUUCGUAAGUAGUGCCUAUGCCACAAUCGUUUCUCAUGAUGGCCGAGCCAUUACCAUUGAUGGUCACCGCAGGGUUCUCCUUUCCGGUUCGAUCCAUUAUCCUAGAAGCACUCCUGAGGUAUUUAAUCAACCUUACAUCAAACAGUAUAUUUGGUCUUAGUCUUUUAUGUUUGCGACUAACUAUACUCAUUUUUUUAAUAUGUUUAGAUGUGGCCGGAUCUUAUCAAAAAAGGUAAAGAAGGAGGUCUUGAUGCGAUCGAAACAUAUGUCUUCUGGAAUGCGCAUGAGCCUACUCGCCGUCAAUAUGAUUUUUCUGGAAAAUUAGAUCUUAUUCGAUUCCUGAAAACAAUUCAAGAUGAAGGAUUGUAUGGUGUUCUUCGCAUAGGACCAUAUGCAUGUGCUGAGUGGAAUUACGGGUAAUAUACUAAAAUGGAUUUAGCUAAUCUCUUUACGUGCCAUAUAUACCAGUUUAAUACAUUUUCAUAAUAAGUUAGCUUCUUGUAUGCUGAUAGUACGGUUUUCCAUAUAAUAUUUUGGUCGAUAAAUGGUCCAAUGGAUUAAUAUUCGUAAUCAGUAUACCAAAACUUAUGUAUCAUUAAUGUCACUACUAGUCUUUUAAUUAUAGUAUAUAUUUUUAAUAAAUUAUCAUAAUCAGUACUUAGCUUCUUGUAUAAUGAUAUUACUGUUCUCAUGUAAUAUUUUUGACCUGCAAUUUUUUUUAAUUAUGUUAAACAGAGGAUUCCCAGUGUGGCUGCACAACAUGCCUGGAAUGGUGUUCAGAACUACAAAUAAAUCAUUUAUGGAUGAGAUGCAAAACUUCACAACUAUGAUAGUAGACAUGGUCAAGAAAGAAAAAUUAUUUGCAUCACAAGGAGGCCCAAUUAUUCUUGCUCAGAUAGAAAAUGAGUAUGGAAAUGUAAUGGGACCCUAUGGAGACUCGGGGAAAGCAUACAUUAAGUGGUGUGCAAAUAUGGCUCAGUCUCUUGAUGUUGGUGUUCCAUGGAUAAUGUGUCAACAAAAUGAUGCUCCUCAGCCUAUGUUGAAUACAUGUAAUGGAUUUUAUUGUGACAAUUUUGUACCAAACAAUCCCAACACUCCUAAGAUGUGGACUGAAAAUUGGACCGGAUGGUUUAAGCAAUGGGGUGGUAAAAAUCCCCAUAGAACAACCGAAGAUGUUGCAUUCUCUGUUGCAAGAUUCUUCCAAAGAGGAGGAACUUUUAAUAAUUAUUAUAUGUACCAUGGAGGCACCAACUUUGACAGAACCGCAGGUGGUCCAUACAUCACAACUUCAUAUGAUUAUGAUGCUCCCCUUGACGAAUAUGGUAAUUUGAAUCAACCAAAAUACGGACAUUUAAAACAACUUCAUGAUGUUCUUCACUCUAUGGAGAGAACUCUCACAUACGGAAACAUCUCAACCAUUGACUUUGGAAACUCUGCAUCGGUAAUAUUCUUGUUAUUUUUUUAUCAGUAUUAUAUAUGUUAUUCUUGAACUGAUUACUUAUCAUAAAAAUAUUACAUAGGCAACAAUUUAUAAAACCGAAGAAGGAUCAAGCUGCUUUUUUGGAAAUGGAAAUGAAAAUUCAGAUGCAAAAAUUAGUUUCCAAGGAGAAUCUUAUGUUAUCCCGGCUUGGUCUGUUACCAUUUUACCAGAUUGCAAAAAUGAGGCUUAUAACACCGCCAAGGUUUUUUAUUUUACAUUUUAUUUUGUGGAUGUUAGAUUUUCAUACUAAUAACCAUUAUUUAUUCAAAAUUGUAACCAAAAAUCAUUCUAUUGUUGGUUUUCUAUUUUCAGAUUACCACUCAGACUUCAAUGAUGGUUAAGAAACCAAAUGAAGCUGAGGAUACCCCUUCAACUCUGAAAUGGUCAUGGAGACCAGAGAACGUGGACAACUUCAUUUUGAAAGGAAAAGGAGAAUCUACACAGACACAACUAUUUGAUCAGAAAGUAGUAACCAAUGACCAAAGUGAUUAUCUAUGGUACAUGACUACCGUUAAAUUUAAAAAACGAGAUCUAUUUUUGGGUAAAAGCAUGUCUCUUCGCGUCAACAGUACUGCUCAUGUCCUUCACGCUUUUGUCAAUGGAAAACAUAUUGGUAAAUAACUCAUAUAUAUGUUUUACAAAUCUCAAUAACACCAACUUACCAAAAAAGUCUUUGAUUUAUAUUUUAGGUAAUCAACACGCUGAGGAUGGAAAAUUUAACUAUGUAUUUGAGAAAGAUGUGAAGUUUAAGUCUGGUCGUAAUGUCAUUGCUCUUCUUAGCAUAACUGUGGGACUUGCCGUAAGUUCUUAGAUGUUAUUUUAUCUUGCAUUUUAAAAAAAGUUAAAACUCUUUUUUAAUUUUAACUGAAAAGUAAAAAAUUGUCUAUUUGUUUUUAUAGAACUAUGGUAUUUUCUUUGAAAGUAAGCCAGCUGGAAUCACUGGACCCAUUUUUAUUACUGGAAGAAAUGGUGAUGAAACUAUAGUUAAAGACUUGUCUGCUCAUAAAUGGAGCUAUAAAACCGGUUUAAAUGGGUUUGAGAACCAACUCUUUAGAACGGAAUCAAUGUCUAAAUGGUCGGUUGAAAGUGUACCGUUUAACCGAACCAUGACUUGGUAUAAGGUAAAGAGAUAUUAUUCUCUAUAAGAUAACAAACCAAAAACUUGUUAAUUUAAUAUCAAAUCACAUCAUUCCAUUUUGUUUUUCAGGCAACAUUCAAGGCUCCCUUGGGAAAUGAUCCAGUUGUUGUCGAUCUUAUGGGACUUGGAAAAGGUACAGCUUGGGUCAAUGGAAACAACAUUGGGCGUUAUUGGCCGGCAUUCAUUUCAAGCGAAAAUGGUUGUGAUGCAAAAUGUAAUUAUAGAGGGGCUUAUCAUGCUGAAAAAUGUCUGACCAAUUGUGGAGAACCCACACAAAGAUGGUAGAUUUUCCACAUCUUAUUAGGUUCUAGAAUCAAAUAUUUUAAUAUUAAACUUGGGAAAUCUUUACCAGGAUUUUUGCUUUGUCUUUUUUUGAACAGGUACCAUGUGCCUCGCUCUUUCUUGAAUGCAGAAGGAGAUAACACACUAGUUUUGUUUGAGGAGAUGGGAGGAAACCCAUCGCUUGUCAGUUUCCAAACUACUAGAGUGGGAAGUGUGUGUGCUAACGUCUAUGAGAAUAAAAUUAUUGAGCUUUCAUGCGAUAGAAAACCCAUUUCUGCCAUCAAAUUUGCAUCAUUUGGUAACCCACAUGGCAAUUGUGGAUCUUUUGAAAAAGGAACUUGUGAAUCAAGUAACAACACGGUUGAUAUUCUCACACAAGAAUGUGUUGGAAAAGAGAAGUGUUCCAUUGAUGUCUCUACAAAAAAGUUUGGAGCACCAGAUUGCAGUGGUGCUGCUAGAAAGCUCGCUGUCGAAGUUAUCUGCUAAAUGUUUUUCUAGAUUUAUGGUGUUUUCUUUAUCAUAUUUUUAAAUUAUGCUAUAUUUUUUUACAAAGAUAUAAGUAUUUUUUAUCUUUAUUUGUGGUUGUUUUAUUCAAUAAAAAAAAAUACAUUCUUAUGUACAUUUUACAUAGUCAUUUUCUUUUCCCAAAACAAUCAACUUCAUUUCUUCUUCACUAUCCUCACUCUUUCUGAAAAACUGUUAAUAUUUAUUGUUUUCUAUUUAAUAUAUAACACUGAUUAAAUUGCACUAGCUUAAUUGGUAAAUUAUUAAUUUUAGUGUUUUAAGAUACAUGAGUUCAAAUUUUACUGUGACUUUUUUUAUUAACUAAAAUCUUGAGCUUACAACUAAUCACAUAAAAUGAUAGAGAAAAGAAAUAUCAAAUUUGAAAGCAUAACAGUGUGUUUUAAUUUAAAGAAAUAAUAUAUAAAUACAUGAAGAAUAGAGACUAUAUAUCUUAAAUAGUAUAUUACAUUUUUAUAAUUUUUCAUUAUGCGUAAGAUGUGAAUCUUAUAUUAGUAGUCUAACUAAAUUAAUUAAUUAUAUAAACCAAAUAAGCUACAUUGGAAAUAGACAACUUUAACAUAUUUUAAAUAUAUAAAUAUUUUAUUUAUGUAUCAAAAUUUUAUAUCAACUUCUAAAUUUCUGUAUAUGUCUUUAUUCUGAAUAAUCAUAAUACACAGUUUAUUGUAUUUUUUAUUUCGUGUUAUUAAUUUCAACAUUUUUAGUAUACACCAUUUUAUCUGCAAGUUUCAAAAGGUAUCAUGAAAAUCAAUUUGAACAUUUUACAUACAAGAAAAAGGUUUGCUUACAUCAUUUAUUUUGUAUAUUUGUAUUAGUUAUAAGCGAUGUGAAAUAAUUUGUAUCAUUUAAAUAAAUGAUUCUAAUGAUCGAUGAAACAUCCUGAAUAUUUGCAUUAGUUAAUAAGUGAUGUCAAUAUAUAUUUGUGAUAAAGUGAUGUUAACUUUGCAUCAAUUUUGCUAAUGAUGUUAUCAUUAGUAUCAUUUAUGAUAAUUGAUUUAAUAUAUUAUUAUCACUUGUUAUGCUUGAUGUUAAAUUGAUAUCAAUUUCACAAAUGAUUCUAAUAUAUGUGUCAUUUUUAUAAAUGAUGAUAAUUUUAUUAUAUUUAUGAUAAUAUUAUUCUAUUUACAUAAAUAAAUAUGACGACAAAAGAAUUCUCAUUAUUUUUUUAAUAUUUCUUAGAUUAUAAUUUUUUUAUUUAAAAUAAGUAAAAUACAAAAAAAGAUAAAUAAGAAGAAAUUAUUUAUUUAUUAUUUAAAUUUAAAUUGUAUCAUUCUUUGAUACUGAAAAAAGAACCAAAUAAGGAAUUUAAGCAGAGAGAAAUAUAUGAACAUAAUGUUUAACAUUAGCUUCGUUAAUUAGUAUAGCAUAUAAAUAAUUUAAACUUAAAUUAUAUCGGAUAAAUGACAUAUUUCCACACCAGAAAUAUUAUAUAGCAACAAUUGCACACAAUCUUCCAAAUUCAUCUUAAUUCAACAUAUUAAAAGUAUUAAAAUAUAUUUCUUCCCAAUCCAAAAGAUCGAAACCCGCAUCUCCAUAAUAUAUUAAGUAUGAACUAAAAUUCUCAUAGUCCGAGUUAGAUCGGUUUACUACUCAAAAAUUUGAAACAUAACCAAUGGCUAACCUAAUUGAAUUGAUACAAUCUGAUUUUUUAAAAUUUACCAAAGUUUGAUUCAGAAGUUGGGUCAGAUUUGUAUGUGGAUCUCAUGUUGGUUCGGAUUUAAAACUUAGUGCUAAACAUAUUAAUUUAGUAUCGGUUUACGUUCAAACCAAUAAAACCAAAUCAAACUUUCAUUUAUGGGAAUACGAAUUUCAAUUUUGGGAUUGGAGAGAAAUAGGUUGAAACGGGUAUUUGUGGUCUGGAAAUACGUCGUUGAUCCAAUUGUAUCCAUCACGACGUAUCACGCUCUUAUCA